GGCACAGUCAAUUCAUGGAACUGCCAACCAACCCCAACUUGACGACUAAUAUCCUCUUCCCAACGUCCCAACGUACCGCCUUUUCAGAGCGCCUUUUCCACUUCUGCUUGCUGUCUGAUCGUCCACCUGAUCAAGCAGCUCGAGUCCAGAACAUCAAUGGAUUCUGGCUCCACCCUCAGGGACGACCUCCAUUACUCCGUCCUUCCCACUAAGCCGGGGCUGUCCAUGUUUCCCCCUGGCUAGCUGGCACUCCUGAGUACCGCCUCUCCCGUUGGCGGUACCGGCUCGGAGGGGCUUCAAUGAUGGAUAAUGAACCAUGACAAAUGGAGCCAACCUCGACUGUGUGCCGGAACCCACUCUCCACGCCUCUCCCGGCCAUCCGGGUUGUAACCAUUAGCUACUACUUUCUCCAUGUUGCAGGGCAACACCGUCGACGCCAUGACGGUCCUUAACUAGAUACAGAUGCCCAGUGCCUUGGCGUCACCGUCCUGUCAUCUCGACUGCUCCAACUCCCUCCUUUGCUUCGUUGAUCCUGCUACACCACCACCACCACCACCGUCGUUAUAUAAGAUGGCUGUUGGCACACAACCCCCCGAUGACCCUUCACAUCCCGCUCCCCUGGAGUCCGACCCCUUCCACGACGACGGCGGCGCCAGUGAGGCCAGCUACACCAGCGAGAACAGCGACAUCGAGCUCCAACACCAAUCCGGAUCCAACAACGUGGCCCCCCUCUUCGGUCGCCGUGGGCGCAUUGCCCCCGGCAGUCAAGUAGGCCUGGAUGCUGCCGAACUCAUCUACCUGGCCGGUGACGCCUCUCAAGUGUUGCCGGUCUAUGUCACCAUCCAUCGGAUCCGACGCUUGGUGAUUGCCGCCAUCGACGACCCCUAUACACUCGACCAACUGCAGACGCCUCGCAUGGACAAUAUGAUGGUUCGGCCCCUGGUUGAGAAGCUGUAUAGUCCCGACAACCUCUCAGUCGUCUACUGCCUCCUCGCCAACCGAGUCCAGUUUCAACGUUCCGCGACAGACGAGUCCCUCUAUGUGGCUGUCAACAACUCUCGAGCCGCUCUCUGCGAACUGCUGGCUACCCGUGUACUUCGACGCUUCCACCAGGACCACCCAGAUCGUCCAGGACUCCUGCUCCUUGCCAAUAUUCUGGUGUCAGGGUUCGAUCCGUUUGAUGCCGCACCCGAUCCGCUUCGCCGAUACCGACGCUCUUUACAAUGGCCGUAUCAAGACCGUGGCGGUCACGAGCGGAAACUUACGGCACUCGAGUUGGCCAUUUUGUCAGAGAGCAAGUUUCUGAUCGGGUCAGUCGCAUGUCAGCGCAUCGUCAACGCUGUCUACCGCGGCCAAGUUGUGUACACUCCGCUCUCGUUUGUCGAUAUCCUCCCGGAUCAUUACAAGUACCACCCUGUAUCGCUUUACGAACCACGGCGAGCUUCCAUACUCAACCAUCGCCGACUGAUCGUUCCUCGACUACGAAAUCUUCUCGAACUCGCCCACUUCACCAUCCUUCUAGGCCUGUAUGUGUUGACCAUGACACAUCGAAACGACUUUUAUGACGGAGGUGGAAGUCCAUUUGGGGGUUUCGAGGCUGCCUUUGUGAUAUAUUCAACCGGCUGGGUUCUAGAACAGUUUGCCGCUCUGGUCGAACACGGCUGGGAGGUACACGCUCAAAACCUUUGGAGCUUCCUCGACCUUACUUUUACCUUCAUCUUUGGAGUAUAUGGCGUUGUACGGUUUGCGGAAUUGUGGUUUUACCCCGAGGCCGACUACGCUAUACCUAUCCUCUGCGUCGCCGCCCCGGUUCUACUUACCCGCAUAGCCUUCACUCUCAUGCCAGACAACAUUGUCUUCAUCGCCCUACACGCAAUGAUGCGUGAUUUCACCCGACUUACGUUUAUCGCCAUAUGGUGUUUUACCGGCUUCUUGCUAGGCCUUCUCUGGCUGAUGCGCACGGGCGCGCCCCCUGAUCCUGCCGAUGUCGCCGCAGGUAUAGUAACGGCCCAGUCCUCCAUCGAGGAUCGUCCAGGCUGGGCCACCAUUGGAAAAUGGCUUUUGUGGAUCUGGUUUGGACUCGAUGGCACCGGCAUCGAACGGACGGCCGACUUCCACACCAUCCUCGGCCCUGCCUUGGCCGUGACGUUUGCCUUCCUCGGCAACACCCUUUUCUUGACCAUCCUUGUCGCCAUGCUCACCAACACCUUCUCCAAGAUUAUCUCCAAUGCACAGGCGGAAAUCUACUUCCGCCGUGCUGUCCUAACAUUCCAGGGCGUCAAGAGCGACUCCAUUUUUGCUUAUCCGCCUCCGUUCAACCUACUCGCUUUGGCAGUUAUGCUCCCACUGAAGUUGGUAGUCGGUCCAGCCAUGUUCCACCACAUCAACGUUGCAGCCAUCAAAGUCAUCAACUUCCCAGUCCUCCUGAUGAUCGCACUUUACGAGCGUAGACGGGUGUGGGCCAAAUCCGCGACACCCAGCGCAGGUGACGGAGAGGACAGUAAGUGGUUCUUUGGUCUGAACCCCUAUGCCGAUAUCCACGCGUUGUUCAGGACGGAGCCGCCGCAAGAGGUGCUCGACAUGCUGGAGAAGAUGGACGGGAUUGUGGAUGAAGAACUGGAAGAUAUGGAUAUCAUGGGUCUAAGGCGGGGCAGUAGAGGUAUGGGUGUCGGCCUGGGGAGAGCAUCGACCGAACUGGAGCUUGGGAGGUCGAUGGAGUUUGAUGUGACUGGCAGCAUUGAAGGAAUGCAUAGAAGGAGAAAGCACUCCGCUGGGAGCGCGGUUUAGCGGAGGCUAAGAUUAGACAAGAAGUGGUUUGCACUAGUGGGAAUGAAUGUCCGAAAACAGGGAGGAUCCCUUGAUGAUAUCCCCAUCCAAGCUCCCAAAUUUUGAGUAGAUAAAGAUGAGCCGUGUUUGACUUUGGAUACUGGGCGGGAAUAAAAAGAAACCUUGUGCCAAGGGCACUGAGAUAUUUGGAGCACAGAGAAUAGGGAUUUAAGAAAAAAGGUCAAAAGAACUGCGCCAGCCGCGAAUCGAACGCGGGGCCCAUCGAUGGCAACGAUGGAUUUUACCA